UUUUAGAAUUUGUCUAGUAGGUUUUCUGGUUGUUACUGGAAAACCCCGUCACCGCUCGUUUUGAACAAUAGAGUUAGUUGAAAUGGGGUGGUGUCUACUUGUCGCUAGUACUGGAGUAUUAGAAAUUCGCAUUUAGUGGUUUUGCCGUUGCCAGGAAGUCCCAGCAGGGAGACCAGCGCUACGCGGAGAGGCUUCCGGCUACGCUGAUGCGCUUCCCCUCCGCCCGCAUCCCCGAGAGCCGCUGCAAGAGAACCCUCUUUUUCUUUGAGCGUUAAGUUGGUUCCGCCGCACGUGCGGUUUUUGUUGCCGUAUGGCGUCCGCCUCGGCCCAGCCCGCGGCCCUGAGCGCCGAACAGGCCAAGGUGGUCCUGGCCGAGGUAAUCCAGGCGUUCUCGGCCCCAGAGAACGCCGUGCGCAUGGACGAGGCUCGGGACAACGCGUGCAACGACAUGGGCAAGAUGCUGCAAUUCGUGCUGCCCGUGGCCACGCAGAUUCAGCAGGAGGUUAUCAAAGCCUAUGGUUUCAGCUGCGACGGGGAAGGUGUCCUCAAGUUUGCCCGCUUGGUCAAGUCGUAUGAAGCCCAGGAUCCUGAGAUUGCCAGCCUGUCAGGCAAGCUGAAGGCACUGUUCCUGCCCCCUAUGACACUGCCACCCCACGGGCCUGCUGCAGGUGGCAGCGUGGCCGCCUCCUGAGGGUUGGCUCUCCCGUGUGACACUGCCUGGGAAGGGAAGAUGUUGGUGUUCCAGAGGAUAAUAAACCUGCCUGUGACUUA